AUGUAUGUAUCUUUACUAAAUGCGUUCGUCGACGUGCAGCGCUUGCCCCCGACCUACGCCGCGCGCCGACUCCUAUGCACUGCCCAAAGCAUCGAUCUUUGUACCUUUCAUCGGGUCUCCGACCAGGCGCUCCAAGAAAUGAUGCAGAAGUUUGAACAGCUCGAACAGCUCGAAAUACCCGGAUUCGACGUCUCCGAACAGGACGGCGUUCUCGAGCUUAGCCUAGGAGAAAAGGGCACCUACGCCAUCAACAAACAAUGCCAAAACAGGCAAAUCUGGUGGUCUUCUCCCGUCAGUGGACCAAAGCGGUACUGCUACGAUUCAACACUUAAAGCCUGGAAAAGCACUAGAGAUGGACAUCUGAUGUACGACCUACUAAACCAAGAACUCUCAGAACUCUUGCAAAUACCUUUCGAUAUCUACACCGUCGCCUCCAAGCCUUCCGUCAUGACCAGUGAGUCGAGUCGGCAGCAACAGUGA